ACAAGCGCAUAAAAUUCCCCAUUCCUUGCAAACCCUUAAACCCCUCUGUCCACCUCGCCGUACCAGGAUGCUCCGCCGCGCCGCCCCCUCCGCCGCCACUGCGCUCCUUCGCCGUGCACUCUCCUCCUCGCGGCCACGCUCUCCUGCCGCGGCUACCGCAGUCGCUUCUUCCUCGGCCGUGAACUCCAUCCUGCUCCGUUCCCUCAAGGAGCACUACCUCGAGGUCUCCAAAAUGACGCCCCCACCCAAGAUCAGCCCGCCCAAGCCCUACACCAUCGUCAAGGGCGCCCUGGACCAGCCGUCGGGACCCGUGCUCCACCGCGGUUACGGCGAGACCGGAGAAGAGAUCUCCAUUUCCGUCGCCAGGCUCGCCAACAUUAUGCCCCCUGGCGCCGACUCCGACUUCGACUCCGACGGCGGAAGCGGAGGCGGGGCCAGCGAGUCAAUCAGCCAGCUCUUCCUCCACGUCGACAUCUCCAGACCAGAGAGCAGCAAGUCCCUGCAGUUCCUUUGCGGACUGUACCCGGACGCCGUGGGGAUCCAUUCCGUCUGCCUUCGAUCGAAGACCGCUGCGUCUGGGGCGGUGGCGGCGGCGACGAAGGGCGGUGGCGAGUACCAGGGGCGCAUCUUCCAAGAGUUGGAUGAGAAAGUGCGAGAUGCAUUCCAUCUUUACAUUGAGGCCCGUGGCAUAAAUGAGAAGCUCUUCCCUUUUCUACAAGCAUGGCUUUAUGUGAAGGAUCACCGCAACCUGGUACGCUGGUUCAAGAGUGUGGGUACAGUCAUCAGUGAGCCAAAGUCCGAGUAAGCACGUCUCUCGGGAAACAGAUGUUAGCAACCCCUUGCUCAAGGUCAUCCAUGAGGCUAUUGCGGAAAGUUCUUGCCUGUUUGAGAGAAAACCCAGAGGAUCGAGGGUAGUGCUAGCAUAAAAUGACUGUAGUACAAGAUAGUGUCAUCAGGUUCAAAAAAAGAAGAUGGUGUCAUCAACAAAUAUACAUUGUCCUAUAUUUAGUUUUUAUUGUCCCUAUUGGGGGACUGGAGGACGAUUUCCACUGGGGGACUUGGUAUUUUGGGUGCUAAUUGCAUGAGCUGUCAUUAGUCCUUGUGA